AAUCCAGCCAUCGAAACGUGGCUUCACAUGCUCAAAGUUUCCGUCUAUGAAGCCGAGGACAUAUUAGAUGAACUCGCAACUGAAGCUUUAAGGCACAAGCAGCAGCAGCAGCAGCAGCACUACUCAACCGGAAACCAGGGCCAAAUAAGAAAAGAAGGGGUGAAAAGCUGACCUGUUCAUCUUUACGGCAAGUUCAAUAGGAGUUGACAUUUGUACACAGAAGAGUUUUAAAUAAUAUGUCUCAACAAUAAACUAAGAACCAGUUGGCACAUAUAAUUGUGGUCAGGAUCAGGAUUCUAUACUAAUCUCAGAGAAUCAAUCUUAUGCGCCGAUCAAUUCCAUCUUUUCCUCCUUAUCAUUCUCCUGUCCCGCUCAGCCUCAAUUAUUUGCCUUUAUGCUUUGAUUUUACAUCUGCUGAAGAAUCUCGAUCUGGGUAUGCUUUUAUAUGUUUAGUUGCCUAUUAUCUCUUCCUCCUUCUUGUAUUGUACACUCGUCAGGAAUCUAGAUGUUGAAGGGCUUAAUGGGACUGUGUUUCUUUAUGGGAAUUCUGUUCGUUUGGCCAUUAAUGGAUUUCGAAUUCAUGGCUGUGCUCCUUUGCAUAUGAUCCGAUUGAGCUCCAGAAAUUUCUAUCUUUAUAGUUAUUGCUUUUACAGGAAACUGGGAUUUGUAGGGACAACAUGGAUGAUGGAGAGGCAGCAGAGCACUCUGAACGCGUUUUACUGGCGAAUCCAGAGACAUCUGGCGACGCCCAUGGCACAGCCUCAAUGGAUUCCCUUCUUGAUGAGUUCCUGAACACUAGAACUUGCACGCAUACUCACAGUUGCAACCCUCCUGGACCCGAUUUGUCGCAUACACACACGUGCUAUCAUACCCACACGCAACUCUUCCCACCCGACGGAGAAGAUGGAACCCCACCCGUCUCAAACCCUAGAAAACCUUCUGGGAACAGAGAAGCGGUCCGGAAGUAUAGAGAGAAGAGGAAGGCUCACACUGCAUACUUAGAGGAGGAAGUAAAGAAACUGAGGGUUUUGAAUCAACAAUUAACGAAGAAACUGCAGAGACAAUCGACGCUGGAAAGCGAGAUUCUGAAUUUGAGAGGGUUGUUGAGUAACGUGAAAGGGAAGAUUGACGACGAAUUGGGAGUCUUCCCCUUUCUGGAUCAAUACAACACUACCGCCGUAUUCAAGGAUGGUAAUAAUAACAGUAAUUUGAUGAAUUUCUUACAGUGCGAAAAUGAAAUCCAGUGUUUUCCCCCUUCCUGUAUGGAAACUUCAUUGAUUCAGUUUGAGAACAAUGGUGAGAAUGGGAAGAUGGAGAUGGAGAUACCUUAUGUUGGCGGCCAUUGUAAUGGUUUGUUGACAUCGACUUCUCAAGCUGAAGCUGAAUCUGAUUCUUGAAAUGGUAACAUUGAUCGUGUCUGUUCAGUGAUAACCGAAGCCCUAGUUUUCAACUGAUACUAUUUCCCUCCAAAUAACUAUGCGAGACUAUAUAUGAACAAGCUUGUGUACAUUUCGAAAUGUAACUUAUGCUUGUAUUUUCUAUAUCCUAUCAUUAUUAUGAACCUUACAUGUAAAUAAAUACAAGUAAUAAACACCAUAUUUGCUCCUUAA